AUGGCCUAUCCUGCAGGCAACGGGGGCCUCCGCUCCCCCCGCGAAGACUCGUUCGCGUUCCGCAACUCUGCUGGUGCUCAGAUGGGCUCCGCCAACGAUGUGCGCGGCCAGCUGCACCGACGCUUCACCACGAACAACAUUCCUACUGUGAGCACGCCGCUCUCGCCAAUUGGUCAGCAACGCAGGCAGGCCGCUGAGCCGACCGAAUUCACAACAGCGACGUACCACAAGCUUCAAGUGCUCGAGAAAAAGAAGCUUGAGUACGAAUAUCUCAAGGAACAGCGCAGACGCUUUGAAGCCGAAAUGGAACUCAUAGAUUUACAGUCCCGCCGCGGCGAAGAGGAGAUCCACCGCCUGUCCACCGAUCUUCGAUACGGAAAGCAGCCCGCCCACAGCCAGCCCACCACCCCGCCCGAAUUCAGCGACGGAAACGGCUUUCCCUCUGCCUUCUCGCGUCCGAAUCGCUUCAGCAUGUCGAGCAUCAACCCCGGCAUGACUACCCCUCGUGGUAGCCGCGCCAACUCCCAGGUCACUUCACCGCCCGCCCAGUUCUUCAACAACAACAACGGCUUGCCCUCGCAGUCUGUGCCUGGUACCCGCCGCAACUCUGACGAGGACCACGAUGACUUUGAUAACGACGACUUCACCCCUGUGAGCCCUGUCACUCGCAAGAACAACCGCAUGUCUAUGCCAGUCACCAGUCUGGAUCUGCGUGGCCGUGACAACUUGCCCGACCUGGCUUCGGUCCUGGGCCACAUUGACACCACCGGUUACCUCUUCGGUGAAGAGGACAAAGAGCACAAUCCGGUCGGUUCUCCGGACCACAAGGCUUAUCUCCAGAUGAGCAACACAGAUGACAAGUUCCCCAUCUUGGUCCGCCGCGAUGGAGCUGGUAAUGGUACGAAACUCUCUGCCUCUUCUGCUGCGCUUGAUUUGGCCCUUUCCCAAUCCCCUGGCCCGGAGUCUCACCCAAAUGGUUGGCAAGGCUAUCGUCAUCGUCAAGCUCAACAGUCUUUGCCUACUAACACUUUGCGUAAAGCUACCCAGGGUGACGAGUACGACAACGGCCAAGUUAAUGGUAAUGCCGACAACACUCCCAACAAGAACAUGUCCAACAACCGCCGCUCGGUAGAGUUUCACCUCAGCCCCGAGCCCAGGCGUUCCAGCUUCGCCAGCCCCACUAACGGUAUGCCCAAGCUGACGCAGUCAUACUCUGCGAGCGAUGUUCCCACUCUCAAGAAUGGCACUGGAGUGAACGGCACGAAUGGUGGCGGCUUCAACACUCAUGCGGAGCAGCACCUGCACAACCACAACGCCAACUUGGGACGCAUUCCCUACAACGCUAUGAACAACCGUCACAGCCGUGAGAUUUCCAAUGGAUACAAGGAGCAGGACUAUCGCUCUGGCUACUCUGGUCUUCAUGCGAGCGCUGCUCCUUUCGGUCCUGGCAUGACUUCCGCUGCUCCUGUUAACGGACUCGCUGGCACCGUCGGAUCUCCCACCAUGUCGCAGUAUGCUGCUGCUCCUGCUUCCAGUGCCCCUUACUACGGUUACGGCAUGUCGAUGCUGUCAGGUGCUAUGAACGGCCUGUCCAUGGGACCCGGUCCGCAGAUGGGCGCUCCUCCUGCUUACGGUGGCAACGGCAUGUUUGGUGGUGGCGGCAAUGCUGGGUACUACAACCCCUAUGCUACGUACGGACCACAGUCCCGCGUUCAGGAUAGCCAGGCUCGCGUCAUCCAGAGCCGUCGCCUUCAGAACGAUGCCAACCGCUUCAUGAACUACGACUUGAAGACUAUGCCUCGCCAAGAGAUCUACAGCCUGUGUAAGGACCAACAUGGAUGUCGCUUCUUGCAGAAGAAGCUCGAAGAGCGCGUUCCCGAGAGCCUGCAGAUCAUCUUCGACGAGACCGCCCCUCAUGUGGUCGAGCUCAUGACCGACCCUUUCGGCAACUAUCUCUGCCAGAAGCUCUUGGAGUUUGCCAACGAUGAGCAGCGCAACACUCUUGUUCGAAACGCCUGCCCUGCCAUGGUCUCAAUCGCGCUCAACCAGCACGGUACCCGCGCUCUACAGAAGAUGAUCGAGUUCAUCUCCACCGAAGAACAGACUGAAAUGAUCAUUCAGGCGCUGUCUGGCCAAGUCGUCGACCUCAUCCAGGACUUGAACGGCAACCACGUCAUCCAGAAGUGCUUGAACCAUCUCAAGUCCUCUGAGGCCCAGUUCAUCUUCGACGCUGUAGGCGAGCACUGUGUCAUCGUCGGAACCCAUCGCCACGGCUGCUGUGUUCUUCAGCGUUGCAUCGAUCAUGCGUCUGGCUAUCAGAAGGUUGACCUCGUUCGCAAGAUCACUGCGCACAGCUUCCACCUUGUCCAGGAUCCUUUCGGCAACUACGUUGUCCAGUACAUCCUCGACCUGAAUGACGCUGCUUUCACCACGCCCAUGUGUGAAGGCUUCCGGGGCAAGGUCGUGGAGCUCUCCAAGCAGAAGUUCAGCUCCAACGUCAUCGAGAAGUGCAUCCGCUGUGCCGAGAUGUCCGCCAAGCAGAUGUUGAUCGAAGAGCUGUGUGACGUCGAGGAGCUUGAGCACCUGAUGCGCGAUUCGUACGGCAACUAUGUCGUCCAGACGGCGCUCGAGUUUGCUCCACCUGCUCUGUGUAUCCAUCUCAUCGAGAUCAUGCGCCCCAUCCUGCCGUCCAUCCGCCAGACUCCCUAUGGUCGUCGCAUUCAGAGCAAGGUCCAGGAGCGUGAGGGUCGUUUGGCUGCCUUCACCGGCCGUGCCGCCUCGGGUCAAGUCUCUCCCCACUCUGGCAACUCGACUCAAUCCAGCGAGCACACCCAGGGCUUCACGAACCAGGGUCCUAGUGGCUACCAGGCCAACGGCACCUCUGUUCAUCAGGCUCCCAUGUACACCGCCACAGCCAACUAUGGUCCUAACAUCGCUUCGCCUCAGCCUCACCGCAUGAGCAACCCGCCUCUCCCUCACCACCUCAACAACUCUGUACAAAACCAAGCCUACCAGUACGGUCCGGCACAGAACGGCAUGGGUAACUUCUUUUAA